UGACGGCCGCCAUAUUGAAAUAUUUCCCAUUUCCUACUGUUCUUCACUGAGCUCAACAGCAGCCAUCAGCUCUCGCUUUUCAGACGAUCACAGGGCUAACAGCACGGACAUGGAGGUAGACACUCUUUUGGAAGCUAUUGAAGAUUUUGACAAGAAGGGGAAGAAAGAAGUGUCUCCCAUGUUGGACCGGUUUUUGUGUCAUAUUGCGAAGACCGGGGAAACCCUGGUGUCGUGGUCUCAGUUUAAAUGCUACUUCAUAUUCAAGCUGGAGAAAGUAAUGGAGGAUUUUCAAGCAUCGGCUCCAGAACAAAGAGGACCUGCCAACCCAAAUGUGGAGUCAGUGCCCUUUGAAGAAAUGAAGGAGAGGAUUCUUAAGAUCGUCAAUGAAUACAAUGGGAUCCCAUUUACCAUCCAGCGCUUGUGUGAACUUCUCACAGAACCCAAGAGGAACUACAUGGGAACAGAGAAAUUUCUCAGAGGGGUAGAGAAGAAUGUGAUGGUGGUUAGUUGCAUUUAUCCUACAUCUGAGAAUAAUGGCUGCAGUGGUGUCAACAGAAUGAAUGGAGUCAUGUUACCAGGGAACACAUCUGUCUUUACAGAGAGGAAAGUAAAUGGGCCAGGAACGCCCAGGCCGUUAAACAGACAGAAGCACUCGAUGUCCAGUUCACUAUCCACAAACGGCCUUCCAGACAGCACAGAAAACAAUGAGACAAACACAUCACAGGGACACAGCAAAACACUCAGUGAUGCAUCUAGAUCAGGCAUUGGGCCUCUUGGUAGUUCGGUAAAGAACAAGCAUUUAGAUGAAGAGGAAGAAAUGGAGGCAGAGGAGCAUGAGGUAAAGAGACUCAAAUUCAACCAGGAUGGAGAAGAGGACGAGGAGGAUGAAGAGGAUGUAGAGGAGCAGGUUGUUGUUACACCCAGGUCAACGUCGACUGAGAGAUCCUCCGAUAGGUCAGAGGAUGCAGAAUCGCCGUCGUCUAUGUCAAGGGAGACAAACAAAGAAGAGCAGGAGGAGAGUAAACCUGGUUCAGCCAGAGAGUGUGAGGACCAAGAGCCUUCCAGCACACAGUCUGAGAGUCCGGCUGCAGAUUCCAGAGAUUCCUUUACUGAGCGAGAGGUUCUCUGCAGUUCAGUCUCUUCCUUAGAGGAGCCCAGUGAUAUGGACCAAUCAGAGCAGAGAGCCCCAGUGGGUGUGUCCUCUAGUCCUGAGAUGAGGGAAGGCGUGGAGCCAAGUGAGCAGGUCAGCAGCAGUAGCACUGAUGAAAAUUCUUCUGGACCCACAUCAAGCAGAGGUAGUGCAGACUCGCCCACAGAGGGCAACACUGUGUCAGGGGCCCAAGACUCAGAGAGUGCAGAGGAGCCAAUGGACCAGGACUAAAAACACUCCUAAGUAACAACUGUGUGCUUUUGUGGACAUUGUUAAGAAGGCACUCACUUAUGUGGCCUUCCACAAUGGCCAUCCGAAGCAACACCUAACCUACCACCAUGCGCCUUUUGGUCGAGAGUCAUCUAACUUCUCCAGCCUUCCCAAAUGGACACUUUAUACCAAUGUACAUAUGAUUUUAUUUCUCAAGUGAAGGUUUUAAACUGGUUGGUUAUCCUUGUUGGACACACCUUUCACUAAGCUUAAAUAAGUUUGACUGAAGUGUAUCUUUACAUAUUUUAACCAGGAUAGCAGUCCUGUUUUUUUCUUCUAAGCUUUAGGAUGUUAGAGACACCGGCUUGGAUGCAUCUCUGCAUUAGUGUUAAUAUUUUCACAUAGGGCCAAACAGCAGGGCAGUGGAGUUUAUCGUCUUGCUCUUAGCAGUCUCUCUAAAGACCCAUAACUGGCCACUAUUCAGAGGUUAUGUUCCAAGCUAAUUUUAGCCAUAGGUCUGUCUGUUCUGUUAAAUUAUUUGAGCAGUAGACUUGUUUUUAUAUUUUAGCAUAAUUUCUUUCUAGUAGUUUUUGUUUAACUGACUGGGGAUGUUAAAUGUUAUGUAAAAUCUUCCUUUUCUCUCUGCAGUCAUUCUUUCUCCCACUACCACCAUCUCUCUUUUUUAUUAUCGUGCAGUCUGCACUGCAUUGAAAGCUUGUGGUUUAUGUCAGGUACAUUUACCUCUUGAAAGAUUCAAACUAAGCAUACUUUCAUAUUUUGUGAUUCACAUUAAUUUAUACCAGCAUUUCAAUCUUGACCUAUUUUUGAAAAGCUGAUUUAUUUUUGUUUUGAAGAUGCUAUUUUAAGACAAGCUGAAUUACAAGGUAAUUUGUGACAGUUAGACUCCCAGCAGCGAUAACAGCUGGCUGGCAUUUUACAACUGUGUAUUUUUUAUAUAUAGAAUUUUAACAUUUCUGUGGUGUUUUGUGGAGCAUUGUGUUCACCACCUUUUUGUGCGUCCAUAUGUUGUUGUUUUUUUGGUGUAUACUGAAUGCGUGUGGUUUGAUACGUUAUUCAGACAAGGCAAUAAAUGUUAUGGUUUUAAACGUUAAAUGACGUUUUGAUUGACAUGCAUUUAACUAACAUGAUUAUAAAUGAUUACAGAAAAGUUGUUUGUGAUAGUCAAGAUUAAACAAGAAACUCAAACUAUAUUUUACUAGAGCUAGACUGAUACAGUGCAUUCAUAAAGUAUUCAGACACCUUCUUUUUUUUCACAUUUUAUGUUGCAGCCUUAUUCUAAAAUGCGUUAUAUUAUAAUUUUUUCACAUUAAUCUACACUUUGU